UUAAGGUGUCAGCAGAAGUGAGUCCCACCACAACUCACAGUGCUCCACAUUGCACGAAUAAGUGUCAGCAAGUAUGUUUUCGCUUUGGAGAAACGUGAACGUAACUCGCAGUGUUAUUUCUACGUCUUACAAUGGGACUGCAGCGGACUUCCUCUUCUCUCUACGAGCAGCUGUGACUGUCUGCACACAUCCCAACAGGAAGUCCUCAGGGAAACGCUACAAUGUGCCCCAGAGCGCCGAGUUUGUUGCGAGGGUGUCAGGGAUCCCCACCAUGGCCAAGUUGCCCUACCAGGAGACAGCGGACGGGCUUGAUGCGGCGUUUAUCGGCGUCCCCAUUGAUACCGGGACCUCCAACCGACCUGGAGCCAGGUUUGGUCCCCGGCAGAUCAGAGUGGAAUCUGCCAUGCUGAGAGCUUACAACAGUGGCACCAGGGCUGCACCGUACGAGUCCCUCAUGGUGGCUGAUAUUGGGGACGUCAAUGUGAAUGUGUACGACCUGAAGGACACCUGCAAACGCAUCAGGGAGGCCUACAGAAAGAUCCUGGCUACUGGCUGUAUACCUCUGACUAUGGGUGGCGAUCACACAAUCGCAUAUCCAAUCCUGCAGGCUGUUGCUGAAAAGCAUGGCCCUGUGGGUCUGGUCCAUGUGGAUGCUCAUGCGGACACCAGUGAUGUGGUCUUGGGGGAGAAGAUUGGACACGGGACUCCAUUCAGACGUUGUGUGGAGGAGGGGCUACUGGACUGCAAGAGAGUGGUCCAGAUCGGCCUGCGCGGUUCAGGCUACUCUGCAGAUUCAUAUGAAUGGAGCCGGGCACAGGGUUUCCGUGUGGUGCAAGUGGAAGAGUGUUGGUUCAAAUCUCUUGCACCUCUGAUGGCUGAGGUCAGGGCUCAGAUGGGCAGUGGUCCAGUGUAUCUCAGUUUCGACAUCGAUGCUCUUGACCCGGGCUUUGCCCCUGGAACAGGCACACCAGAGAUAGCAGGACUUACUCCCAUACAGGGAGUUGAGAUUAUUCGGGGCUGUCGUGGUCUAAACCUUGUUGGAUGUGAUCUAGUGGAGGUGUCUCCAGCCUAUGACACCACAGGGAAUACUGCACUGACUGGUGCCAACCUCCUUUUUGAAAUGUUGUGCGUCCUCCCAAAAAUUAAAUACCUGUGAGGUAGCAGGCUGUCCUGCUGAAUAAACCAGUGAGGAGGGCAAAUCCUGCAACAAUUACAAUUUAAUGUUUUAAUCAUUAAACAUUAAUAAUUGUAUUACAUCCAUCCAGAUGAUAAAUCCAAGCAUGGUUCUCGUGUUGGAGAGCGUCAGCUUGUAUACCGUGUUCUGGUGUACUAAUAACAAUGUAAAACUAGGUGACGUGUUGUACUUUCAGGUUGAUGUAUGUUGUGUGUUGACAAUCCAAGAAAGAUACAUGUGAAGAAAAAAACUAAAUGAUAAAUGCACACAAUGUACACAAAGUUGUAAAUGAAAUUUGGAUUCAAACAAACACAAAACUCAACCACAACAAUCUUGAUAAAUCCAUGUAAAAUAUUCUCCUUAUCUUUAAAGUUACAUACCAUCAGGUCCUGACAUGAUUAUGUACAAUGUUUACAACUCUAAAUACCAACAGAAUUAUAUUAAUUACAUUUUUACAGUCAUGUUGACUAAACAAAUAAAUAAAUCAAGCACACAAAGUUUGACUUUAUUUUCAUGUAUUUGUCAUGUCACAUACUUCUUGCCGUUUGGAAAACAUUCAGAACUUGAAAUUGAUGGAGUUAUGUUUACUACAUACAAUAUAUCGAGCCUAUACAUAUAUAUUACAAAUGUAGCAAACAUUUAUAUAGAACGGGCAGGCAGCUGUUUUGACAUAUAUGAGUGUACCUGUGGUUGUGGUGGGUACUGCACUUUCCUCACAAGAAGAUCUCUGAAAAGAAUUACUGAAAAACCACUAAAAAGAAAAGCUGAGGGUCUCUUACUUCCUUUGUCUAUGGUUCUAGCAUGAACAACAUAACCAUAGUGAAUAAUUAGAUCCAACUGGGUGAAGAGACAUGUCAUCUUUCUUUACUCAAGCUCCCUAUUGUUGUGAUUUAAGUCAACUGGCCUACAUAGCCUUAAGUACAAGCAGUCCUUAUAAGCAAAACCAGCUAUGAAGAUGUAGAGAUAAAAUAUUAAAUGUUUGUGUUAGUAAUGCAGUUACUGUGUCAGUGGCACCUAAGAUAUAUGCAAAAUGCAGUGCUUUAAUGCCUGACCUGACAAAGGUCUGGCAGAGACUGAAAUGUUCAUGGUUUUGAGUUAGUGUUCAGGCAUUACACUUUUCAUUAAAGCUAAUUUCCAGUAGCCUUGCACCUACAAGUGAUGUGGUACAACUUUUAAAAUGCCUAUACUAUGGCUGCACGAUGGUAAAAAAAACAUCUUAUUGCGAUUAUUUUGACAGAUAUUGCGAUUGCUAAAUGAUUCAUGAUUAGUGUGGGAGUGAUCAUC